AUGACCGUUCCUCUCUCGCCUAGACCUCUGCGUCCUGAUGAACGAAUUCUGACAAACGAAGACGGUGGCAUAGACACCCCCGCUCGAGCCCCCUCCCCCGUUCACAAUUUCGGCACCCUCGCUGUCCAUGCAGGAUCCCCCCAUGACCCCUCCACUGGUGCAGUGAUCGAGCCUCUCUCACUCUCCACCACAUUUGCUCAGACAGCCGUUGGCAAGCCUGUCGGUCUCUAUGAAUACAGUCGCAGCUCCAACCCCAACCGGACCAACUUCGAAGAGGCUGUGGCUGCGUUGGAACAUGCGAGAUAUGCCCUCGCCUUUGCUUCGGGCUCUGCUACAACUGCGACCAUCCUUCAAUCCCUAGCUGCCGGUUCACAUGUUAUUUCAGUGUCCGAUGUCUAUGGUGGAACCCAUCGCUAUUUCACAAAAGUGGCUCUUGCUCAUGGUGUCGAGGUGACUUUUUCUCCCUCGAUCGAACUUGACAUUGAAGAAUUAAUUAGAGAACAAACCAAACUCAUUUGGAUUGAGAGUCCUUCGAACCCGACUCUGAGUUUGGUGGACAUCAGACAAGUGGCUAGCAUUGCCCACAAGCACGGUAUCCUCGUGGUGGUGGACAAUACUUUCCUGUCCCCAUAUGUGCAAAACCCGCUCGACCACGGCGCAGACAUUGUAAUUCACUCCGUCACGAAAUACAUCAAUGGUCACUCCGAUGUCGUGAUGGGAGUGGCAGCAUUCAACUCGGAUGAGCUCAAAGAACGUCUGACUUUUCUACAAAAUGCCAUCGGUGCAGUCCCUUCUCCGUUCGACUGCUGGCUCGCACACCGAGGUCUUAAGACCUUACAUCUCCGAGCCCGCGAAGCCAGUGCAAACGCCAUUGCCGUUGCGACAGCGCUCGAAGCAUCUCCUAAUGUCAUCGCCGUCAACUAUCCCGGUCUGGCUUCUCACAAGCAAAGAGCCAUCGCCAUCAAGCAGCACCGAGAUGGCUUGGGAGGUGGUAUGCUGAGCUUCAGAAUUAAAGGAGGGCAUGCUGCUGCCGAGCUGUUUUGCCAGUCGACCAAAAUCUUUACGCUCGCUGAGAGUUUGGGUGGCGUUGAAAGUCUCUGCGAGGUUCCGAGUGCAAUGACACACGCAGGAAUCCCUCAGCAGCAGCGAGAAGCGAUUGGUGUCUUUGAUGAUCUGAUCCGACUUAGCUGUGGUGUAGAAGAUGCGGCCGAUUUGAGAAAGGACGUCCUUCAAGCAGUCGAGAAGGCUGUUGUUGGCCCCAAGAUCAACAACGGUCUCAAUGGAGGUUACCGUGCCAAUGGCACGACGGUUUCACGGCGAUAA